UAAAAUGAGAGCAUUGUCGACGAUUUUAGCUAUUUUGGCAGUAUGCUGUCUUACCAGCUUUGUGCGCUGUACGGGUCCCAGCACAACUGCUGCUGAUCCCAGCACAACUGCGGCUGAUCCCAGCACAACUGCGGCUGAUCCCACCACAACUACUGCUGCUGCUACAACUACUGCUGCUGCUACAACUACUGCCUCUGAUUCUGCCACUACAUCCGGAUCAGCUACUACCACUGCCCCAACCAGCUCAUCUUCAGGUGGUACUAGCUCUAGUAGUGCCCAAAAACGACUUCGUCGCCGCAACAGGCGUUUGCGUAGACAGCUUCGCCGUUUGAGGAGGCGUCUUCGCGUAAAUAGGAAUAGGAACACCCGCCGUAGGAACCGUGUUUUCAAUAGGAACACCCGUCGUAGGAACCGUGUUUUCAAUAGGAACACCAGGAGGCUAGAAACUCUAGUUCGUGCCGGUUAAAUGAACAAGGACCCACAACCCGGAGAGC